AUGAGUCGGUCUCAGGGGUUCKGCGGAGCCUCUGCCGACCGCGGAGGUCGUGUUCGUACGAGAAGACAGAGCUCCGGCAGCGUGGGCGGAGCCAGUCCGUCAGUAGUGGACAGCAGGGGGCGGAGUCGAGCCAAAGUGGUCUCCCAGUCGCAGCCCGGCAGUCGCUCCAGUUCCCCAGGGAAGCUGCUGGGCCAGAGCUACGGCCGCAUCCCCCGGACCGCGGCGCCGCCCAGCACCGCCGCAGAGAGGCGCAGCAGGAUCCCCCGCAGCCAGGGCUGCAGCCGCGAGGCCAGCCCCAGCAGGCCGGGCCUGGCCCGGAGCCGCAUCCCGCGCCCCAGCAUGAGUCAGGGCUGCAGCCGCGACACCAGUCGCGAGAGCAGCCGCGACACCAGCCCCGCUCGGGGCUUCGCUCCUCUGGCCUCCAGACGCCACUCCCGUUCCACCAGCGCUCUGUCCUCAGCAGAACCCCACGGCCAGUCAGAUCGAUACGGCCUGAUCCACCAAGCCAGGAUUUCUGCGUCGGUGAACGCCAUGCGGGUCCUGAACACCGGCACCGAGGUGGAGGCGGCUGUGGCCGACGCUCUGAGGAAGCCAUUGCGGCGGCGCUACGAGUCUCCUGGGAUGUACUCUGAUGAUGACGCCAACAGCGACGCGUCCAGCGCCUGCUCAGAGCGCUCCUACAGCUCCAGGAACGGAGGCAUCCCCCACUACCUGCGGCAAACGGAGGACGUGGCUGAGGUGCUGAACCACUGCGCCAGCUCCAACUGGUCCGAGAGGAAGGAGGGCCUGCUGGGCCUGCAGAACCUGCUGAAGAGCCAAAGGAUCCUCAGGUGGGAGCCUGUCAGGGAGGGUGACUGGGGUGACCUGGACUUGGACCAGGACCUGGACCAGGACCUGGACCUGGACCUGGAUGUGGAUCUGGUUCAGGAUCGGGAUCCGAUUCUGUUGCCAUGUCCGGCGUUGACCCGUCCAGCUGGGUUUUCUUUCUCUCUGACCCGGUCAGCUCCUUCUGGGUCAGAGGUCGUCUGCCUGAAUGCUGAACUCAGCGUCUGUCUGCUGCGUUUCAGGGAGUCGUUCCCCUUCGACCAGCAGUUCAACAUCCUGAUGCGCUUCAUCGUGGACCAGACCCAGACCCCCAACCUCAAGGUCAAGGUCGCCAUCCUGAAGUACAUCGAGUCUCUGGCUCRCCAGAUGGACCCGACMGACUUUGUGAACUCCAGCGAGACGCGGCUGGCGGUGUCCCGCAUCAUUACCUGGACCACCGAACCGAAAAGCUCCGACGUCAGGAAGGCGGCCCAGGUGGUUCUGAUCGCGCUGUUUGAGCUGAACACGCCGGAGUUCUCCAUGCUGCUGGGCGCGCUGCCCAAGACCUUCCAGGACGGCGCCACCAAGCUGCUGCACAGCCACCUCAAGAACUCCAGCAGCAGCGGCGUGGGGUCUCCCAGCAACACGGUGGGCCGGACGGCGCCGCGCCACGCCCCCAGCAGGCCCAGCCCGCUCACUUCCCCCACCAACUGCUCCCACGGCGGCCUGUCUCCCAGUCGUUUGUGGGGUUGGGGGGUCGACGGGCUGCUCCCCGCUGCUCCCCCUGCCGCCCCCGGCCUCAGGGCCCUGCGCCGACAGGUGGGAAGAGAAGUCGUGGCUCCGUCUCCAGGUAAUGAUGGUCGUCUGGGUUUAGACGUGGUGGAAGGCGGCCGCACCGCCCUGGAUAACAAGACGUCACUGCUCAACACGCCGUCGCCACGGUCCUUCUCUGGGCCCCGGAGCCGCGAGUUUGCCCCCUACGGCUACGGAGAAACCAUCUGCGCCUACGAUAAGAGCGCGCUGAAGGAGGCCGUGUUUGACGACGACGUGGAGCAGUUCCGUGACUUCGGACCGGACCAUUCGGACCUGGUGGCCGACCUGCUGAAGGAGCUGUCCAAUCACAACGAGCGCAGCGAGGAGCGGCGCGCGGCGCUGCUGGAGCUGCUGAAGGUCACGCGGGAGGACAGCGCCCCCGUGUGGGACGAGCACUUCAAGACCGUCCUGCUGCUGCUGCUGGAGACGCUCUGCGACAAGGACCACACCAUCCGGGCCCUGGCCCUGCGGGUUCUGAAGGAGAUCCUGAGGAACCAGCCGGCCCGAUUCAGGAACUACGCUGAGCUGACCAUCAUGAAGACCCUGGAGGCCCACAAGGACUCCCACAAAGAGGUGGUGCGUGCGGCCGAGGAGGCGGCGUCCACGCUGGCCGGCUCCAUCCACCCGGAGCAGUGCAUCAAGGUGCUGUGCCCCAUCGUCCAGACCGCCGACUACCCCAUCAACCUGGCCGCCAUCAAGAUGCAGACCAAGGUCAUUGAACGCAUCACCAAGGACUCGCUGCUGCAGCUGCUGCCCGACAUCAUCCCCGGCCUGCUGCAGGGCUAUGACAACACAGAGAGCAGCGUUCGCAAGGCCAGCGUGUUCUGCCUGGUGGCCAUCUACGCCGUGAUUGGAGAGGAGCUGAAGCCCCACCUGGCACAGCUGACAGGCAGCAAGAUGAAGCUUCUGAACCUCUACAUCAAACGGGCCCAGACCACCAACAGCAACAGCAGCAGCUCCUCCGACGUUUCCUCUCACAGUUAAUGUGGGACCUGUAGAACCUUCCGGACCGAGCAGAACUUCCCGCUCCGCCCUAACCUGCUGUCCUGCUUCGCAUCUGAGCUGGAGYCGACUCGGUUCUCCUGCAGCUUCUCCAUCAGUUCACAUGGCCGGAUCCAGAAGUUCAGCAGCACCUUCUGAUUGUUGUCAACGUGCCCUUAGGAACCGACCCGACCCGACUAACUCGUCCAGAACUCUGGAUCACAUUGAGGUUCUCCAAAGCAUUGAUUGUUGCUCUAGUGCGACGUCUYCUCUGGUUCCACCUGCAGAGCCCGGACACGCUCCACAUCUGGACCCGACCUGAGGUUCUGAGAGCGACGCUGCUCAGUGUGACGAUCAGCUGAGUCGGGAUGAAAAUCUUCAAACUUUGGUUCCCAGGAAUGAAUCAGCUUCACAUCAACAAAAUGACUUUUAACAGAAAUCUGGAAACAUUUUAUUGGUUCAGAAAACCGGACGCUCCGAUUGGACAGGAAGAACAGUGUCACAGAGCCGACCGUCCAAUCAGAGAGCAGAGUAUCUGGUUGCCUUAACUUGAGGAGCAGACAGCGGCCGGGUUCUGGAGCUGCCCAGAAGUCCUGGUUCUGUCUCCUCCUGGAGACCCGGACCAGAACCUUGCAGGUGUUCUGUAAAUACACGUCAUGGUCACUGUUUGCACGUCAGUGAGCUAGUUAGCAUGUGGCGCUAGCUAGCAUGUGGCGCUCCGCCUCUUCUAAAGUGCACUUUGUCACGCCAGCCUGGUUCUGGUUCUAGUAGAACCUCUGGAUCUGGUUCUGGAGGAGUCCGGAUCCCCSCAGGCCGCUCCAGCUCCAGAGUUUAGCAGGAACCUUUGUCCUGCUGAUGAAUCUUCAGAUUUUCUUUGUCGUGGUUCUGGAUGUUGGUGAGGAGGUCCAGAUCGGCUCAUAAGUCACGAAUGUACAGGAAGUUCUGAUCCGGUACUGAAACGGACCGCAGCCGGCGCUGCCUCGCUGCUCCUGGCCUCUUCCUGUUUGACGCCACGCUAAACCUGGUCACUUUGUUUUGCUGCGAUAUUGCGACUUGUAUUUAUAUAUUUUAUUUGAUCAGGUUUUAUUUUCUUGUUGUGAUGAUGAUGAUGAAGAUGAUGAAGAUGAUGAAGAUGAUGAAGAUGAUGAAGAACUGUACAGAUGCUCUUUAAAUCCUGUCAGAUUUUCAAAGUAAAGAAAUAAACAGACUGAAAAUAAAACUUCCCAUUUCCUCCUCCUGA